AUGUUCUGCAAGCAAUUAUUAGCUGCCGCCGCGGCGCUCAGCAUGGUGUCUGGUGCUGUUGGUGUAGGCUGUGAUGGCCCGACCGCAACAAUUCGAUCUGCUGCUGAUGCCACCCAAAUCUCCAACUGUGACACAGUCGACGGUGAUGUUAUUAUCGACAAGAAUGCUGGACCCGAUAUCGACAUUGGUGGAAAGCUCAAGGAGAUUAGUGGCGAUCUCAGGGCCGAGAACAACGGUCUUCUGGCUACCUUGAGGAGUGAUUCUUUGGUAACCAUUGGAGGUGUCUUCGCUCUCAAGAACGCUACCCACAUCUCCACUCUCAACUUCCCCAAGCUCAACGAGGUUGGUUCCAUUGACUGGUCCACCCUGAACUCGUUGCCUGAGCCUACUUUCGGAACCGUCGGUAUUACAAAGGCGAAGAGUGUUGUUAUUGCUGAUACCUUCAUUGAGAGCAUCAACGGCAUCAACGUCCAAUCUCUCACUGACAUGAACAUCAACAACAACCGACGAUUGACCAAGUUCUCUUCCAGCAUCAAGAGCUUGAGCAACACGCUAUACGUCACUGCCAACGGUCUUAACCUCACCAUGGAGAUGCCUAACUUGGAGUGGAUCGCCAACAUGACCAUUGCCAACGUUACCUCCUUCUCGGUUCCUUCUCUACACACCGUUAACGGUUCCAUGCGUUUCGACUCCAACUACUUCGAGACAUUCAACGCCGCCAACCUGACUGAUAUUCAGGACGGUGAUUUGUCCUUUGUUAGCAACCCCCAGCUCACCAACAUCACAAUUCCUGCUUUGAAGCGCAUCGGUGGUGGUUUCACUGUCGCCAACAACACGGCUCUUGAGAAGCUAGACGGCUUCAGCAAGCUCAACGAAAUUGGCGGUGCCGUCAAGGUCCGAGGUUCUUUCACCGAAGUCGAUCUCCCUGGCCUCAAGGAUGUGAAGGGUGCCUUCGAAGUUGUCAGCACUGAGGACAUCGACGACUCCUGCAGCGAUUUGAAGAGCCUCGACGGUGGCGUCGUUCAAGGCCACUACGAAUGCAAGGGCAAGGUUGCCGAUGCUAACAACGAUACCUCUUCCGCUUCUAGCGACAGCUCCGAUGAUAGCACGGAUGACAAGAAAAAUGCAGCCUCCCCUAAUGUUGUCUCUACCAGUCUUGUUACCUUGGUUGCUCUUAGCGGUGCCAUCGCUGCUUUCUUGUAA